CACCAGACUGUGUGCUGCUAGAGACCAUUUUAGCUGAGGAGAGAUGAGGGCAGAAGCCUUUUCCUCAGGGUUGUGAGAGAGUCUCUGAGACAAUACUGACGGGUUUCUUCCCCCACACCAGUUCCUCUACACUCCACCUUUUCUCCUGCCUCCUUCCAAGCCUGAUGGUUGGAGCCCAAGCUUGCUUGCUUGCCUACUAUUUAUUUAUUUAUUUAUUUAUUUAUUUAUUUAUUCAGUCUUUAUACCACCCUUCUGAGAUGGCUCAGGGUGGUUUAGAAUUAAAAGCAGAAACCAUUACAACCAAUAACAAUUAAAAUAUAAAUAUAAAUAUGAACACCAAUUAAAGCACAUCUUAAAAAGCAAUUAAACCCCUGAAAACCAGGUUAGCAUUAAAACAAUUAAAACUAAUUAAAAACCUUGAAAGUCCAGGCCAAACAGAUGGGUUUUAAGAAUUUAUUUUUUAUAAAUAAAAUUGAUAUUCAUUCAUUCAUUUAUUUAUUUAUUUAUAAUAUUUCUAUAGCUCCCCAAACUUACAUCUCUGGGAGGUUUACAAUUAAAAUCAUUUAAAACAUCAAAUCAAUUCACAAUUAAAAACAUGAAGAACAUUAUAACCCAGUAUCAAUUUUUUAAAAAACUAUAAAUCUAAUUAAAAGCCUGGGUGAAUAAAUGUGUCUUCAGUGUCUUUUAAAAAGUUGCCAGAAAUGGGGAGGCUCUUAUUUCAACAGGGAGCACAUUCCAAAGUCCAGGGGCAGCAACGGAGAAAGCCCGUUCCUGAGUAGCCGCCAGACGGGUUGAACAGUAUGAUAUGCAGGGGUGAGAAGGUGAAGCUUUUUGCAACAUGGGAAUAAAAUUAUCACUUGCAAAUUGUUGCAGAUCAAACCUCUGUUCAAGGUAUGGCUAACGGGGUCCCAUUCAAAACUUGGCAAACCUAGGAGGGAAAAUGCUGGCUGAGCUCCAGUCCUGCAAAGUCUCAACAACAACAAGAAGACUACUGUGAAUAUUUAUAUACCGUUCUUCAACCAAAGUUCCCAAAGUGGUUUACAUAUAUAAAUAAAUAGGGAUGUGCCCGAAUCAUUUAAGAUUCGGCUCCCUGCAGCCAAAAUGUUUCAGCGUGGGGCAAGGGAUUCCUUUAAAAGGAGGAUGCAUCGGCGAAUGCAUUGAUGUAAUUUGCAUGCCGAUACCGCAUGAGGGAUGCUGGGGGAAGCAUCCUGUUGCCGUGGCGGGGUGUUUUAAAGGAGACUGUGGCACAGGCUACUGAUUUCACGGGGAUGUUUCUCUUAGAACAGUGCGGUGUUGGGGCGGCGCGGGGCAAAGGAGGCUCGCUGGGGGGCAGGUAGGCCCUGCCUGCCUCCUCUUAAGGGAACCCCUCCCCGCCCCCUGGGAUGUUCCCCCCUCCUCGGAUGUGCCCAUGCACAUCCCUAUAAAUAAAUAAGAUGGUUACCUGUCCUCAAAGGGCUCACAAAAGAAACACAGCCUGUCCAGCCUGCCACCAGUGGCCCUUGCCACCCGCCACGCCCCCUGCAUGCCUGAUGUCAGAUGCCCCUGUGUCUGACAUCAGAUGUGCAGGGGGCAUGGUUGCAUAUGCCUAUGGCCCUGUUUUUGAGCAGCUUCAGCCAGCGCUGGGCUCCCAGCCUGGCUAGGAACAUGUCUCCCUGCCUUUACAAGCAGGGAAAGGUGCUCUGGCAGCUGCAGUGCUGGCUUUCAUUUACUAUUUACUUGCAAGUGGGGCCAUGCGGCCCUGUUUGCAGACACGACAACACCCCCUGCUUGUCUGACAUCAGAUGUAGGGGUGUGGCUCCUGGGGCUCCAGGUGCAGCCCCUGAGCACGGCAUCCCGGGUUCUUUGGAAACUGCCCCCCCUAUAAUGGUGGCUCCGUCCAGGGGCGUAACAAGGCUGGAGUGGGCCCAGAGACAAUAUUUUAAAAUGGGCCCCUCGCUGAUACACACACACACACACACACACACACACACACACACACACACACUUCACAUGUGACUUGCCUCUGGGGGGCCCCUCGAGGUGUGGGGGCCCCCAGGCAGCCACCUCCCCUUGCCUAAUAGUAGUUACGCCCCUGGCUCCGUCCCUGAAGAAACAUAAGAUAGACUCCAGCAACAGCUACUGGAGGGAUGCUGUUCUGGGGUUGGAUAGGGCUAGUUAAUGCUCUCCCCCUGCUAAAUCAAAUUGCCACUUUAAAAAGGUACCUCUUUUAAAACAAGAUUGGUUAGAUUGUAAACAAGAUUGGUUAAAAAGGUGCCUCUGUGCUCAGUUAGCAACCUUUACAUUUCCUUUCCCAUGGGGAAGGAGAGACAAAAGCCAGCUGGGUCCCUUUGUCUGUGGCUGAUGGACUCUAAGCUGUGCUAUUAUUAUAUCACACACCUAACUCUGCCAUUUAUCAUACUUGCCAACAUGUCCCUACUUUCCCAUUCACCUUAAUGGGAAAAUAGGGACAUGUUGGCAGAUAUGCAUAUACAACUUGAAAAUGUGGCAUUUAUUGAUGUAUAAUAUAUCAAUUUUAUGAGUUCUCAGCUAUCCUGAGGGCUUUUAAAGAGCCAUAUGGUGGGAUAUAAAAUUUAAAAAUAAUUUAAAAAUGAAGGGUGGGCUUGAAGAAUAUGAAUGGCAGUGGAAAAAUAUAAGUGGGAUCCAAAAUGAAGCUCACUUAAUAUGUUCCUUGCAUAUUUUGCUUAACCUUUAUAUCAGGAGUUUCCAAUCAUGGGUCUCGAGAAGUUGCCUGUCAUUUCCAGCCUUUAAUCUUUUUGGCUAAGGAUGGCAUUUAUAUCUCAACAAUGGAUAUAAACACUCUUCUGCAAUAGUUCUGUCAAAUUCCCACUUCUGAGGAUUUUCUCCCACUCUAUGUAGGUUCUAAGUCAUGCAAUAUGAUUCUAAGCAACAAAGUCUGAGUGCCCAGACAAGGAAAAGGCACUGUAGCAGUGCACACUGUGCAUGUGAAUUACCCUCACAAACCACUGUGCAGUCCUGAAUUUUCCUUAAACAUCCCCACCGCCCCGCUUUAAUCCCUGGAUAGCUUGAAUGCUAUGUGACAUGGCCACCACUCAGUAUUAUUCACUCUCUUAUACAGAAAAUGAAUAUUUAUGUUCAGCAAUUGUUCUCCAAUACAAUUAAUUGCCUACGUAGUGUUACAGAAACAAUUGCACUUUGAAUACAGCAGAACCUGCCACACAAUCCUCACUCAGCCAUGAAAGUGUUUUUUUAGGAGAUGCUAUCUGUCCAUGUAAACUACCUCACAAGAUUAUUGCGAUAAUCCAUACAUGUGAUAAAAGUAAACCUUCAAGCAUUGUCCCAUUGUCUCUGCGAAUGGAGGUCAUCAUGACGACAAUAGUUGUUUCCACCCAAGUACCUGGAAUUCAUAAACAACUGAAUUUGCUGGCAUUUUGGUAGUACUCUAUAUAAAUAUGUCAGCCUAGAACUGACCCUUGAUCAUUGCAAAAGGCUGGCUGUUCUCCCUUGGGCUCCAUGACCUCGAUUUCUGUUUGCCACCUCCAUUACUGGAUGCAGUUCCAUACCCCUGGCUCUGAUCUGGUUUCACUCAGCAGUUAUAUUACCAAGAGGUCAGUAAAUCCAUUUGGUAUAAUGCAAGCUGUGGACAAAACAUAGCAUGCCCUCAGACGCUACCAUUUAUUUGUCACAUCAGUGUCAUUUUAAACUGCCCAGAGACGCAAGUUUUGGGAGAUAUAGAAAUAUUUUAAAUAUUUUAAACAAACAAACAAACAAAUAAAUAGAUAGAUAGAUAAAUAGAUAAAUAAAUAAAUAAAUAAAUUUUAUGGCAUGUAGUUGGGCAUUCUAUGUUGCUUUUCCACAGUUGUGGAAACCCAGCAAAGACUAAGCUAGAGUGCAGACUCAGAGGCACUCUUACCUCUGGACUUCCAGGCUGAAGUCCAGGGUCUCCACACACGUUGGGGGCCCAAAAAUCCUCUUUAGUAGGUCCUGGGUAGUGUGGUUGCUUUGCUGGGCAGCUGAGUGUGACUGUGACCUGCGCUAGGCGGAGGCCUCAUACUGCCCACUUUUUGCAAAGCAACUUAUCUUUCAGUCGUUAGGCUCUGAAAUGAUGUAGAGAGAUAAAGAUAAGAGCCACAGAUUUAUCAUGUUCAAGGAAGAAAAGAAGAAAGAAAAUACUGGAAUAGAACAAAAGGACAAAGCCUGCAUGCACUGCCACAACCUGAAGGAAACAGAAUAGACCAAAACUCGGGAGGAAGUGCAGAUUUGGAAUUCACUCAUAUUUCUGACAUCACAAUUCAUGAUUUACAGCAGAACCGAUGGUUCCUUCACUACAUUAGUGCUUGCCAUGGCAUAGUGAACCCCACAGUACAUCUGAACAACUGCAUAUUUGACCUGUGUAUGAGCAAUGAGGAUAAUCAGACCUUGUGCCAGAACAUCCAGAGCUACGUGAUAGCCUGCCAAGAAGUGAAUGUCCCUAUCCAAACCUGGAGGAGCCUAGACUUCUGCUGUGAAUGGGCUGCCAGUCCAGAUCCCAUCUGAAGUCACAGAACUAGUGACCCUUGAUCUGGCUGACAACGCUGUCAUCCUUCGCUUACCUCCAGUUCAAGUGACACUGAACCCUGAUGGGGGAGUGGUGGUGACUGUCACCUCAGUUCUGGCAGAGAAGAUAUGUGGGGCUUGUGGGAACUUCAACAAUAAUCAGACUGAUGAUCUGAAGGGCCCUGACGGAGUGGAAUUAAACAACUUGCCUGAGCUGCUGGUAUUUUGGACAGCCAGAGAUUUUACCCACCAUAUCUUGGCAAUUGCAACCUACACAAGCUGUGGCUGCUGCCAUCCAGUGUCCAAGAGAGGAAUAACACCACUUCUCUGAGCGGUCUUCCUGAAGACAUCUGUCAAACUAGGCUGUAGCAUUCAAGGCUUACACAUAUUCCAAAACAAAAAUGCGGUGCAGGGGAAAAACCAAAUUCUGACUCAUCCUGGAAAUUCUUACAAAGGGAGCCAUGGGGGCAAGAAUGCUGCUUCUGACUGCUGCAGGGCUGGCCCUGCUGGGUGGCCUCCAUGCCGUAGCCCCCGUUGGCCGGGAGUUCAUCACAGCCUUCAUGCAAAACUACAAACUGGACUACUCUCAGGCUCAAUUCCAGCUCUUUAUCUCUGGCUAUGCAUCUUCCACCAGCAUCGUUGUCUUGGUCAACAAAUCCCGAUUCCGUAGCACAUUCUUCCUUGCUGGGGGUCAGUCAGCAUCAGUGAAGAUACCAGCUUAUGCCGAGAUGUUUGGCACUGCGAAAUUCUGCAAGACUGUAAUGGUGCAAGCAAAUCAAGAUGUCUCUGUGUUGGCCCUCAACUCCAAGGACAGGUCGACUGACACUUCUGUUGUCUACCCUGUCUCCAGUCUAGGCAUGGAGUAUUAUGUCCUCACACCUACUGGAGACUUAUACAAGGAGUUCUCUGUCAUUGCGUGGCGUGAUCGCACUGCAGUAGAGAUCCACCUCAAGGGCAGCGUGAGAUUCCAGGAGCGUGUCUACCCAGCAGGCAGCAAGCUGAAUGUCUUCCUUUCUCCCUUUGAAGCCAUCCAGUUCCAAAGCCGGCAAGACCUCUCGGGUACUCUCGUCAGAUCAACGCGGCCAGUGGCAGUGCUGAGCGGGCAUACCUGCGCGUACAAGAACUCCAAGUGUAACCAUGUGGCAGAGCAGUUGCUGCCUGUGUCAAGCUGGGGCCGGGCCUUCUUUGUCCUCCCUCUCUCCUUUCAAAUGAAGUAUGAUUUGGCCUAUAUAGUUGCCUCCCAGAGCACUCUGGUUACCUGUGUUUCUGGUGGGAUCCAGAAGAGCCACACCCUUGAAGCUGGACAAGUCCUUCAGCUGGAAGUCACACGCUCCGUCCCCAUCUACAUCACAGCCAAUGUUGGGAUCCAGGUCUUCUUCUUCUGCACUGGUGGUACCCGAAAUGGUGUGACCUUCGACCCUUUCUUCCUGAGUGUCCCUGAUGUGUUCAGUUACUGCACAUCCUACUCUCUCAGGGCCCAGAAGGGCUUUGAUAAUUAUGCACUCAUUGUCACCAAGACUAUCGCCACUGCCGGGAUCACCAUGGAUGGACGUGCGUUGGGAACAGUCUCUUGGAGACAGAUUCCGGGUACAGAAUAUUCCUGGAGUGAGUACAGCCUGGGGAAAGAAGGCCGUGGCCACGCCAUGGAGCACCGCAACACCCCUUUUGGCCUGCUGGGUUUUGGCAUCACCUUUGAGAAUGGCUAUGGAUCCACAGCACUCUGCCGAAGUGCCUCUCAACCUGCCCCCAAACCUUCCUGUAGUUCCACACAGUGCCGAAAGAAGGAGACUUGCCAGAUAAUGAAUGACCAGCCAGUAUGUGUGGCCCAGUCCAGUGCCACCUGUUGGGCCCUGGGUGACCCCCACUACCAGACCUUUGACAAGCAGAACUACCGUUUCAUGGGCACCUGCACCUACACCAUGGCCAAGAGCUGUGGGCCAGACUUGACUCUCCCAACCUUCCAUGUUGCCACCAAAAAUGAGAACCGGGCCAGGCAAAGUGUGUCCUACAUUGGGCUGGUGACAGUCCAGGUCUACGAGCAGAACAUCAGUGUGACCAGGAAUGAGUAUGGCCUAGUCAGGGUGAAUAACCAGCACUCCCGGCUGCCCAUCUCGCUGAAUGAGGGCAAACUGAGGCUCUACCAGAGUGGGGGCUCCGUCAUUAUUGAGACAGACUUCUCACUGAGGGUCUCCUAUGACUGGAAGAACUUUGUGGUGGUGAAGAUCUCCAGCAGCUUCUCCGAGAAUGUUUGUGGCCUGUGUGGCAACUACAACGGGGACCCUGCUGAUGACUUCAGGACCCCAGAUGGGAGCUUGGCUCCCAGCCCUGUGGAGUUUGGGCGGAGCUGGAAGGUGGAAGAUGGUGACAAGUUCUGCUGGGAUGACUGUCAUGGGGAAUGCAAGAAGGUCACCCUAGAACUGCUUAUUAGAUACAAAGCUGAGCUUUUCUGUGGAUGGAUCAGCAAAAAGGAGAGUGGCCCAUUCAGCCAGUGCCACUCUGUCCUUGAUCCAGAUAUCUUUGUGGAAAACUGCGCAUAUGACCUCUUCAUCUAUGAGGGCUACAGAGAGAUGUUGUGCCAAGCACUGACUAACUAUGCGGAUGCUUGCCAGAGAGAAGGUGUUGUCUUAUCUGAUUGGAGGAGACUCGUUGGAUGCUCUCUGUCUUGCCCUGAGAACAGUCAGUACAAGAUCUGUGGAUCUCCAUGCCCGGCCACCUGCAAUGACCAUGCAGUUCCCACCAACUGCUCCUCAGCACGCUGUGUCGAGACCUGCGAGUGUGACGAGGGCUUCGUGUUGGAUGCUGGGAAAUGCAUCCCCAAGGCUACCUGUGGGUGUGUGUUUGAGGGCCGGCUCCUUACCCCCAACGAGGAGUUUUGGGGAGACAGCGCAUGCACAAGACGCUGCGUCUGCGACCCAGAGAGCAAGCAAGUGAAGUGCCAGGCAACAAGCUGCAAGAAUGGGGAACAAUGCAGGGUAGAGAAUGGUCUCCAGGACUGCUACCCGACUGGCUACGCCACUUGUUCUGCCAUCAGCUACUCCCACUACCACAGCUUUGAUGGGCAGAGCUUCAACUUCCAGGGCACCUGCCUGUACAAGUUUGUCAGACUGAGCAAGAAGAGCCAAGACUUGGUCGAUUUCCAGGUCCUGGUCCAGAACUCCCGGCAAGGGGGCUGGACCAUGUCCCUCAACAAAUUGGUCAAGGUCCAAGUGUACGGCCUAGAGAUAACCAUCAGCUGGGCUUAUCGGGGUAAAGUCAUGGUGAAUGGCUUGCUGACCAACCUGCCAUACAGGAUGGGCCUGGAGCAAAUCUAUAUCUAUCAAAAGGGUUGGGAUACUGUGAUACAAACAGAUUUUGGCCUCACUGUCACCUUUGACUGGCAAAGCCGUCUCACGGUUGCUGUGCCAAACACCUACCAAGGCGCUCUUGAUGGUCUCUGUGGCAACUUCAAUGGAGACAGAGAAGAUGACUUGACCUCUGCUGGUGGUGGCUCUGCCUCAGACCCUGCAGCCUUGGGGCAGAGCUGGAGGGUGGCUGAGUCCCAGGGAUGUGGAGAGGUGAACCUCAAGCUGUGUCCGGACCUGGAAAACCUUGCCCAGCGCCAGCGAGGCAUCAGCGCAGAAUGUGGGCUACUUGUAGACAAGAGCGGCCCAUUUAGGGAGUGCCAUGGUAAAAUUGACCCCGAGGUGUUCUUCCUGGACUGCGUGUAUGAUUACUGCAUGUUCAAUGGCCAGCAAGCUGUGCUGGGCCAUGUCAUUGCUGCUUAUGCCUCAGCAUGUCAAGCCACCUGGGUGACCAUCUACAUUUGGAGGAUCCACAUAUUUUGGAAACCGGUCUGCCCUCAAAACAGCCAUUAUGAGCUCUGUGCCAGGGGCUGUCAACAAACCUGUGGCAGCCUCUUCUCAUCCCUUCCCUGCACCAAGCCCUGCGCGGAAGGUUGUGUCUGUGACGAAGGCUUUGUGUUGAGCGGUGACCGCUGUGUCCCCAUGUCACAGUGCGGCUGCGUCUACCAGGAUCGGUACUACUCAGCUGGGCAGACCUUCUACCCGACACACCAGUGCAAUGUGGAGUGUGUGUGCCAGCCUGGUGGAGAUGUCGCCUGCAAGGAAUUCUCCUGCGGCCCCAACGAGGAAUGCAGGGCGGUGGGCGGCAUCCAGAAAUGCCAUCCAGUCGGCUCUGCCACUUGCAUAACUGCUGGAGAUCCUCAUUAUAUCUCCUUCGAUGGCGUCCACUUCACCUUCCAAGGCACCUGCACCUACAUCCUUGCUAAGACCUGCAUUACAGACAAGAAACGCUUGACUCCAUUUAUGGUCACAGAGGAAAGCGAGUCCUGGGGGAAUGGAAGAGUCUCUGUCACCAAGAUGGUCUCUGUGGAAGUCUAUGGUGCCACACUUACCCUGCUGCAGAACAAAAAAGGACUGAUCAUGGUGAAUGGAGUGUUCCAGUCUCUCCCCAUCACCCUUUCUAAUGGACGUCUCCGAGCCUAUCAGCAUGGUGCUAAGGUCCUGAUCCAAAUUGACUUUGGCCUCAUUGUGAGCUAUGACCUGGUUUACCGGGUGCGGGUCACUGUCCCAGGCACCUACCAGGGCCAGAUGUGUGGCUUGUGUGGGAACUACAAUGGCCAGAAGGAUGAUGAGUUCCUGCUUCCCAAUGGCAAGACCACCUCUGAUGUAGCUGCAUUUGGGGCUGCUUGGAAGGUCCCAGUCCCUGGGACAGCUGGAGCCUGUUCAGAUGGGUGCUCUGGGAACAACUGCCCAGUCUGUGAGCAGAGAAAGAAGGACAUUUUCCAACAGCGCAACUACUGUGGGCUCCUGGUCGCAACUGACGGCCCCUUCGGGGUGUGCCACAGCAAGGUGGACCCCAACGUGUAUCUCAAUGACUGCAUCUAUGACCUAUGCUUGAGCAAUGGAGAGAGUCAAGCCCUGUGCCAGACCAUCCAAAGCUACGUCUCCGCCUGUCAAGAGGCUGGGGUCUCUGUCCAGCCCUGGAGGAGUCAGUCCUUCUGCCCUCUGAGCUGUCCACUCAAUAGCCACUAUGAGGUCUGUGCCGACCUCUGCUCCGCUGACUGUGCCGGGAUCACUGAGUCCAGGAUGUGCCCCGAGAGCUGCUCAGAGGGCUGCCAGUGCGACGAUGGAUUCUUCUUUGAUGGUCUUGACUGCAUCACUGUGGAGAACUGUGGAUGCUCCAGGAAUGGAAGCUAUUACAAGCCCAAUGAGAAGGUCCUUCUGAAUGAAUGCCAGCAAAUCUGCAGCUGUAUCCCAGGCCGAGGAGUCACCUGUGAGUCCCACAGCUGCUCCAGCGAUGAGACCUGCAAAAUCCAGGACGGGAUCAUGAGCUGCAUCAAUAAAGAUCCUUGCAAAACAUUCAAGUGUCGGACCAAGGAAACAUGCAAGUUAGAGAAUGGCAGAGCAACCUGUGUCCCAGACUACAACGAGACUUGUUGGGGUUGGGGAGACCCCCACUAUCACACCUUCGAUGGGUGGGACUUUCAUUUCCAGGGCACCUGUACUUACACGAUUGCCAAGUACUGUGGAAAUGAUCCAACAUUAGUACCUUUCACUGUAGAUGAGAAGAAUGAUAACCGGGGCAGCCAGGCUAUUUCCUUUGUGAGACAGACCAGUAUCUAUGUGUAUGGUCACCACAUCUCCAUCCACAAGCAGGAAGUGGGCAAAAUCCGGCUGAAUGGCGUCUUCACGAGCCUGCCCGUAACUCUAGAGGAUGGGAAGAUGCAGCUCUACCAAAGUGGCUUGAAUGCUAUACUGGAAACUGAUUUUGGCCUGGUGGUUUCUUUUGACUGGAACUGGCUGUUGGAGAUAACUUUGCCCAGCAGCUACUAUGGCGCCAUCUGUGGCCUUUGUGGGAAUUUCAACCAGAACCCAGAUGACGACAUGGUGACGCGUGCCGGUGACAAGGCUGCUUCUGUGGUGGAGUGGGCUGGGAGCUGGAAGGUGAAGGACCGUGACCCUUUCUGCUGGGACUUCUGCGAGGGGAACUGCCCGACUUGUGAAGAGAGCCAACGCCGACUCUUUGAGAGCGAGGAGUUCUGUGGGCUUAUCACCAAGCUGGACGGGGGCCUCUUCCGUGAAUGCCACCCCAAGCUAAACCCUGAUGAUUUCUUUGACAGCUGCGUCUUUGAUGUUUGCCUCAACGGUGGUGCCAAGAACAUCCUAUGCCAAGCCUUGAGUGCCUAUGCUUCCAACUGCCACAAGGAGGGUGUGGUUGUUCCAGACUGGAGAGCUCAGAGUGGUUGUGCUUUGCCGUGCCCAGAGAACAGCCAUUACGAGGCCUGCGGAAAUGCCUGCCCAGCCAGCUGCUCGGAUCGCACUGCUCCAUCCAACUGCAAUAAGCCCUGUGUGGAAGCCUGCCAGUGCAAUGAAGGCUAUGUGCUCAGUGCUGACAAAUGUGUCCCUGUGGGGAGCUGUGGCUGCACCUACAACGGCCUCUACUAUAAGCCUGAGGAGGAGUUCUGGGCUGAUGAGAACUGUGGCUCUCGCUGCAGGUGUGACCCCAGCUUGGGCAUGGUGGUAUGUCAGCCGGCCAGCUGCAAAGCCAGUGAAAGAUGUUCCACGGUCGACGGGAUCCGGGGCUGUCAUCCCAUCGGCUACACCACAUGCACUGCAACUGGGGACCAUCACUACACCACCUUUGAUGGGAAGAGGUACGAUUUCACAGGAACUUGCAUCUACCAGCUGGUUGGACUCUGCUCCAGGGAUCCCACGCUCGCUCCAUUCACCAUCAAGAUCCAAAACAACCAAGGCAGUAAGACGAUGCCAUUCUCUUCCAUGGUUACUUUAGAAGUCUACAACCGAACCAUCACAAUUAGCCAGAAGCAUCCUUACACAAUCCAGGUAGAUGGAGUAUUUGCGGAGUUGCCCUUCUACCACGAAGACAAGGUAAAGGCCUACGUUAGUGGCGCCCAUGUCCUUGUAGCCACCAAGUUUGAUCUUACGGUGACCUUUGGCUGGAACAGACUUGUUCAUGUCACCAUUCCUAGCAGCUAUCUCAAUGCAGUUUGUGGCCUCUGUGGCAAUGACAACAGGGACCCCAGUGACGAUCUGAUCAUGAAGGAUGGGAGCCAGGCAGCCAACCCUGCCCAGUUUGCAGAGAGCUGGAAGGUAGGCGAGAUCCCUGACUGUGUGAAUGGAUGCACUAGUGACUGCCCAGUGUGCAAAGAGGCAGAGAAACAAACCUACAAGAGUGACCAGUACUGUGGGAUCCUCAUCAGAAAGGACGGACCAUUCAAACAAUGCCAAGGUGCAAUUGAUCCAACACCCUUCUUUGAUGACUGUGUCUUUGACACCUGCCAGUACAAGGGGCACCACGACACCCUUUGCAGUGCCAUCAGUGCUUAUGUAACAGCCUGCCAAGCUGAGGGCAUCAAGAUUGGACAGUGGAGAACAGCCUCCUUCUGCAGCCUUUCCUGUCCACAGAAUUCCCACUAUGAUCUCUGUGGAAACGGCUGCCCUGCCACCUGCUAUGGCCUUUCAGCUCCUAAUGGAUGUGAGAUGUCUUGCAAAGAAGGCUGCUAUUGCGAUCCUGGGUUUGUCCUGAGUGGAGAUCAGUGCGUCCCCAUUGGGGAGUGUGGCUGUGUCUACCAGGAUAGGUACUAUAAGAAGGGAGAUGACUUCUUCCCCAGUGCCUCCUGCCAGGAAAGGUGCCACUGCAUAGACAAUGGGGCUGUGGAGUGCCAGAAGGUCUCCUGUGGGGCCCAUGAGGAAUGCAGGGUGAAGAACGGCAUUCAAGGCUGCCACCCGCAUGGCUGUGGCAAAUGUAGUGUCGCUGGAGGAAGUCACUACCUCACUUUUGAUGGGCAGACUUUCAGCUUCCCGGGUUCCUGCACUUACACCUUGGCCAAAGUCUGCAACAGAGAUUCUGAGCUCGUCCAGUUUUCUGUGGUGAUCGAAAACGAGAGCAUGGGUGAUGGCAAAGUUGUGCCAAAGAUGGUAGUCAUCACUGUCCAUGGUUACAUCCUCAGCCUUGUAAGAGGAAUGAACUGGAAGAUUCUGGUGGAUGGAGAAGCCUAUACACUGCCUUUGGAGAUAGAGAGGAGAAAAAUUUGGGUAAAUCAUGAAGGGGAGAAUAUUGUGGUCCAGACCAGUUUUGGUCUCAGGGUCCUCUAUGAUUCCUCCUACUAUGUCCUGGUGUACGUCCCCAGCACAUACCAGGGACACAUGUGUGGCCUGUGUGGCAACUUCAAUGGUGACAGAAGAGAUGAAUUCCAACUGCCUGAUGAGAGGAGCACCCCAAAUACAACAGAAUUUGGAGUAUCUUGGAAAGUGUCUGCUGAUCAAUCUGGCUGUUCAGAUGGCUGCAGGCAGAAUUGCCCCGUCUGUGACUCCAGCAAGACAAGGCCAUACCAGGCUGAGAACUCCUGUGGGCUGAUCCAAGCCAAGACCGGUCCAUUCAGUGACUGCCACUCCCUGGUGAAACCUAAUGAGUAUUUUGAUCGCUGCCUGUAUGCCAUGUGUGGUGCCAGUGGGGUGAAAGAUAUCCUCUGCCAGAGCCUUCAGGCCUACAUGACUGCGUGCCAAGCUGCUGGAGGAAGUGUCAAGCCGUGGAGAACAGCCUCCCUCUGUCCCCUUUCCUGCCCAACCAACAGCCACUAUCAGCUGUGUACAAGGUCCUGUGAUCAUACGUGUGCUGGCCUGUCUGCUCCCACCUUCUGCACUCAGAAAUGCUUUGAAGGCUGCCAGUGCAAAGCCGGCUAUGUGUCUGAUGGAGAAACAUGUGUGUCCAUGGACAGGUGUGGCUGUGUUCAUGAUGGGCACUACAUCAAGGCUGAAGAAAGCCUUGUCUCCAAGGACUGCUCUGAGAAGUGCACCUGCCAUGCCUCAGGCCACCUCAUCUGUGAGGAAAUGAGCUGCAAGAAAGGGGAGGCCUGUGCCCUCAGGAAUGGCAGGCGUGGCUGCGUGAGGCAGGAAGGCCAAUGCACUCUCUCCUUAGGAGCCCAGCUCACCACCUUUGAUGGGGCCUCAGGAGAAGUACUCUACAGUGGCGCCUAUGAAGUGGCUUCUCUCUGUGACAGCAUGGCCCGUACAUGGUUCCGCCUGAUAGUCAACAUGGGGGAAUGUAGUGAUGGUGAAGUGCUGGCUGGUGCCGCCAUCUUUGUUUUCUUCCGAGAGGCCUUUAUUGCCAUCAACAAGAACCAGGAGAUUUGGGUGAAUGGGCAGCCCACGAAACUCCCAGCAACGAUUUCUGAAGCGGUGUCUGUGACCCUGUCCCAAGAUGUUGUUACCAUCAGCCAUGGGAUCACACUUCAGGUUCUCUUUGGCCUCCAAGGGGAAGUGACGGUGAAGGUCAAGGACAGCCUGGAAGGCAAGCUGUGUGCAGCCUGUGGAAAUUUCAAUGGGGAUAGCUCUGAUGACCUGAUACUACCCAACGGGAAGGUUGUGGGGAACAUUGCUGAGGUUAUCGAUGCCUGGAAGGCCAGAGACUUUAUCGGCUGUGAUAAGUAGCCCAAAGGGGCCACAAAGAACACCACCUGCAAGCGACAUCAGUGAUCAUGAUAUUACCACAAUAUUGCCUCGGGACAUUAUCAACUAUCAUGUUUCAACAGGCUGCUGUCAAAAACAAAGGAUGCUGUAAAAUACAAGCACAUGGUAAAUGUCAAUAAAGUCACCUGUAGAUUUGUCUCUAGAGAAA